AUGCCGCGCCGCAGUACAAUCAUGGAAGCCAACCAUGCACCAUUGCAGAGCUGGAUUGCUUCACAGCACGCUCAAACGACAAACAGACGCCCAGCUGCCCCGGCACUAUCGUCACUCAAAGACUUUCCCUUCACCGCAUUAGAGUGGAAGAGGGCACUGUCUGAAUUGAAGCGAGAUUAUAGCAAUCGGAGAUAUCGGCCUUGCUCCUCUCGCUGCAUUGAGCUUCUCAAGAAUGCCCAGACUCGGGAUAACAUCCAGCCUGCUUACUUGAUAUACUUGCAUUUCUACGCCGCAACCUCCCUGGAAAUGCAGGCACGAAGCUUGCAUGCCGGCUCCCAUUACCGCCUCAAGCUUUUUGAGGAGGCCCGCGAGCACUACAACCUGGCUUCUCAGACCUCCGAGAAAGCCGACAAGCAGGCUUUUCAAAUCGUCCUGCGACCCGCAUCCCCUUCCUCCAGUCUACCAUCGCCUAUUGAAUCUUGUCUUUCACAUCAAUCAACAUCCACAAGAAUGUCAUCUCCCACGCCUUCUACAGCCUCCAAUAAAGGGACACAAAUCAAGAGGAAGAAGAAGGUUGCAUUCGCUGAUGAGCUUCAAUACGACCCCCCCGUUCGACCAGACUCGCCGACACUGGGCUUCUCCGACCCAGGCAGUGGACGCACAUCACCUUGCCAAGAUACCCCUCUUCACCCGGUUCCUCCUUCCGUGCAAACCAUGCCCGACAUUUGCCCAGCUUUUUCUCCCACGUCAAGUAUUGACGGAGACGAUGUGCCACGGAACCUUGCAGAGCAAGAGUUACCCCCUUCGGAAGGACGAGAGUCGCUGGAACGAUAUUGUACCGUUUUGUCCAGCAUUCAACGACAAAUCACAUCCCAUCUCAGUGCUAUUGACAGAGAGAUUACUGCGGCUCUGACUCCCAAAGCGUACGUACCCGCCAACGACGAGAUGCGGGCCCUUGAGCUUCGGUCACGAAUUGAGAGACUGCGCGCGAAUGGCUGGAAACGCAAGCGUUUCGAUGCCCAUCGCUACGAAGAGUUUCGCGAGCAAGUAACAGCAGACAUGGUGUUUUAA